CACAGCAGCGCGUGCACGUUCGAGAUGCCGUCCGCAUAUGAGAAGCAGAAGGCUGCGAACAUUGAGAGGAACAAAGCCCUCCUCGCCUCUCUCGGAGUAGACGCUGCGACAACCCAAGUCUUCAAGGACAAACCUAAACCUGCUCCCAAGCCUAAACCCAAGAAGGCUGCGCCGAAGAAGCGCAAGGAGCCCCCUGCCCGCGAGGAGAACGAAGAGCCUGACACCAAGACCCAGCGCGUCGAGGCAGCUGACGCACCUAGCGGCGUGCGUCGCAGUGCACGCAAUGCCGGCAAGUCGGUCGAUUACAAUGCCGAGCACAACAAGGCCUUGAAGACGAUUGUCUCCUUCGACACCGGUCGUACGUCAAAGAACACUGGCAAGCUGGGUAGUGAGGACGGCAAGCCCAAGUACCCAAAGCGGUAUGGAGCGAUUCCUGGUAUAGAAGUGGGAACCUGGUGGCAGGGCCGCAUAGGUUGCCAUGCGGACUCGGUUCACGCGCCCCUCGUUGCUGGUAUAUCUGGCAAUGCCGAGACAGGUGCCUACAGCAUCGCACUCAGUGGCGGCUACGAGGACGACGUGGACGUGGGAGAGGCUUUCACAUACACCGGUUCAGGUGGCAGGGACUUGAAGGGCACGAAAGACAAGCCAAAGAACCUGCGUACUGCUCCGCAAUCCUCUGACCAGGACUUCGACAACUAUUACAAUGCCUCGCUGAAGAAAUCUUGCGAGACCAAGAGACCUGUGCGCGUCAUCCGCGGCUUCAAGUUGCGCUCAGAGUACGCUCCGGCCGAGGGCUAUCGCUACGAUGGCCUGUACAUCGUCGAAAAGGCCUGGAGGGAAAGGGGACUGCAGGGCUUCCUCGUCUGCAAGUUCGCUUUGAAGCGGCUGCCUGGUCAACCGCCUCUACCUCGCUCAGACGUGGACGGCAAGUCGGGCAAGGAUGAGGACGAGAUCAAGGACGACGAAGAGACUAAAGACGAGGAGGACGACACGCCAGAGCCGGGGGAUGACGAAGAGAAGGAGAACGACGAGGACGAGGCUUGAGCUCAUCUCGACUUCGCGAGGACGCAUCUAUACCCAUCUAUUUCUUGGAUCUAUGCUGUCAUACUGGUGACUGAGGAUACUAACCCGCAUCAAUCCAUAGUAUCUUCACUAAUGUACAUAUUGCUUGCAUAUAUCGAUG